CGACAUCAACCUGCAGUUCCGAUGCGACAAAAGAGAACCAUUGACUUGCUUCUGGGCUGUAUCGACUUCUCUCUUCCAGCCCCGCUCUAUUUUAGGCACAGAGAUCUAACUAACUAAAGUUUACAGAUAGAGCGGUUCAGAGUGCCAGCAUUGUGACUGGGUUUGUUCAAAGCCCAAAUUCUCUGCCAUCACUCCUGUUCACUAAACCCGUGGAUCCUUUUGAUCUGACUAGUCCUAUUUAACAUACUAGACGUUGUUCUUUUCUUUCUCGCCUUCGUUCGUCCGGAAAUUGUCCCAAGCAAGUUGGGCUGCAUUGUAACCCGCUGAAUCGUUGUCUGCCAUGGAGCCGGAAAAACACGUGAGUCGGCGCUGUCUCCAGCGUCGACGAUCUAAAAUUAUUCUGGCUAUCCUUGCCUCUAUCGCUCUUCUCGCUGUCAUCAUUCCACCGGCUGUCGUGGUGACCUUACGCAAGAAAAACAGCAUGGGACCUAAAUCCAGCGUCUUCGUACCUCUCUAUGUGUACCCUGCGGCGGAGGCCUGGGCGCCUCUGGAAAAAGUGAUCUCGACUCACCCCGAAGUCAACUUCACCGUGGUGAUUAAUCCCGGCAGCGGCCCAGGUCCCAAUGCCCUGCCAGAUGGCAAUUAUACCCGGGAGGUCCCCAAACUCGCCGCCCACGACAACGUGCGCCUGCUGGGCUACGUUGCGACCACAUACGCGACCCGCGACGCCUCUUUGGUGCGUAAGGAUAUCGAGACCUACGCAGCUUGGCCGGAAAAAAGCUCCAACCCAGAUCUCGCUGUUCGAGGCAUAUUUUUCGACGAGACGCCCCAGCAGUACAGCGACAAGGCAUUAGCUUACUUGCAAAAUCUGACGGACUUCGUCAAGACCACACCGGAGCUUGGUCCGGACAACUAUGUUGUCCAUAACCCAGGGGUGAUUCCCGACUCUCGCUACCUGCCAUCAGCCGACUCGACUGUCGUUUUUGAGGCAUCGUACGCCACUUUCCAGGAGCGUCACGGCGCUAAGCUAUUUGAAGCCAUCCCGAACAGCCGGCGCGGCCAGCUGUGCGCGGUGAUCCACUCGGUCCCAGACAGCGUGGAAGGGUCCAAGCUGCGAGGGCUAGUGAAGCAAGUCCGACGAGUUGCAGACGAGGUGUUCAUCACGCAUCUAUCCACGGACUACUACGCUAGCUUUGGGGACAGAUGGAGUGAGUUUGUGAGUGUGAUGGCGCUUUGAGGGCUCUGAUCGGUUUGAGAGCUGCAUUUCUCCGACUGGGCUGAUGAUUUGUAAUUAUGAUUCAUAUGAGUGUUUUACCUGGACGAGAGUUUGAUUGGAUGGUGGGGUGCAUUGCUGUCUUGGGCUGGAUGCUAUAUCUGAUAUAGAUUUUUAUAGGUAGUGGCCGAUUCAUCAGUUUAUAUUUAUUGAAAUACAUGAUGGGGU